UUAAGAUCCAAUACUCGAACCUGAUUGGUUGUUUGGUUCAUUGGGUUUUCAAAUCGAAGCUGUGACGGAGCUGUCAAAACAUGCUCAGGAGCAGAGCCUGACCGCAGUGUUUUGGCUGAAGUCAUGAGGACGAGUGAGUUUGACUCCUCAUCUGAAGACGAGGAGGUCGGAGAGGAGCAGCUGACACCUUUCCACAUCUCCUGGUUACCUCUGUCCAUCGUGGAGUGCUCACAGUUUCUUGGGAUAUGUGCACUACCAGGUUGCAGAUAUAAAGAGAUCCGCAGGAGUCUGCAGAGAGACGUCGAGGAGCUCCAGAACCAGGGGGUACAGACCGUGUUCGUCUUCUGCACCAGAGGGGAACUUAACAAGUACCGGGUUCCCUCCCUGCUGGAGGUCUACGAGCAGCAAGGCUUCACAGUCCACCACAUGCCCUUCCCAGACGGAGAUGCUCCUGAGCUGGAGCGGUGCUGCCAGAUCCUCGAGGAGCUGCGGGUCAGCCUCGAGAACAACAGGAGGACGGUGAUCCACUGUUACGGAGGCCUGGGACGCUCUGCAUUAAUCGCUGCCUGUCUGCUGCUUCAGCUCUCCUCAACAAUGACGGCAAACAAAGCCAUUGAAAUCCUCAGGGAGCACAGAGGCGGAGGAGCGAUACAGACGGUGAAGCAAUACAACUUCCUGCACGAGUUUCGAGAGCGGUAUGCCGCGUACCAGGAGAGCAGGGAGGUUUCCACAGAGCGCUCCGUGUCUCGGUGAUCGGCUGCUUCGCACUUCAAAUCACGAGCUGUGAAAAUAUCGAUUGCUUCAAACUUCUGCUCCUCUGUCACUGAUUCUCCUUUUGAUUGUGUGUGAUAUAAUUGUAUUCUCUAAUGGCUGCACUUUAAUAGAAUACUCUAAUAUAUUGCUUUUUCUCAUCCUCGUUAUAAUCAAAUAAAGGCUUAAUGAGGAAAUCCUG